UUGAGCACUCUCAUUGCACAUGGCCCAAGUUGAAGUCCAAGCCCAAAUGAGAAAUUAAAAAUAAAAGCGACAGAAGAGAGCAGAGGGAGAGCGCGAUCAGCAUUCAGCAACGUCUCCAUUGUCAUCCAAAGGCUUCUUCUUUAGUUGAAUUAAGUACGUCAAGGUGCUGUCUGGCUACCCCUACUUGAUAGUAAAAUCUGUCUCAUACCUGAGUAGUGAGAAGUUUGUUUGUUGCAAUUAAUGGCAAACCGGCCCCAGUCGCUUUCAUUAAAUGUUCAAUUCGGAGGUCCAAGCGUUUCAGCACCAAGUGUCGCUGGAGCUCAAGCAAACAAAGAUCGUAAAAUGGCAUCCGCAGAGCACUUGGUGCUUGACCUGAGUAAUCCUGAUCUUCGAGAAAACGCACUUCUUGAACUUUCAAAGAAGAGAGAAUUAUUUCAAGAUUUGGCUCCUUUAUUGUGGAAUUCUUUUGGUACUAUUGCUGCACUUUUACAGGAGAUAGUUUCAAUAUACCCUGUCCUAUCACCACCAAAUCUGACUCCGGCACAAUCCAAUCGAGUUUGCAAUGCUCUUGCUCUUCUCCAGUGUGUAGCUUCACACCCAGAUACAAGAAUGUUGUUCCUUAAUGCUCAUAUACCUUUAUAUCUGUAUCCUUUUCUCAAUACAACAAGCAAGGCAAGACCAUUUGAGUACUUAAGGCUUACUAGUUUAGGAGUCAUUGGUGCCCUGGUGAAGGUUGAUGAUACAGAAGUUAUUAGUUUCCUUCUAUCAACAGAAAUAAUUCCACUGUGCCUUCGCACUAUGGAAUUGGGUAGUGAACUCUCAAAAACAGUUGCCACAUUUAUAGUUCAAAAGAUUCUGUUGGAUGAUAUGGGAUUGGACUAUAUUUGUACUACAGCAGAGCGGUUUUUUGCUGUAGGUCGAGUUUUGGGGACCAUGGUUGCAGCACUGGCUGAUCAACCCUCCUCACGCCUUUUGAAACACAUCAUCCGAUGCUAUCUUCGAUUGUCAGAUAAUCCAAGGGCUUGUGAUGCUUUAAGAAGUUGCCUUCCAGAUGUGUUACGAGAUGCUAGCUUUAACAAUUUCCUUUGUGAAGAUCCAACUACUAGAAGGUGGCUGCAACAACUGCUGCAGAACGUUGGAGUGAGCCGGAUUCCUGCACUGCAGGCUGGGGGAGGAUUUGAUCACAUGAUGGUGAAUUGAAUGGAGAAGCGUACUUUCUUUUGAAGACCGGCACCUGUUGUAUUGAUGGAGAUGUUGAGAGCAGAGACGUUGUCCUAUUAACUUAUAAAUGUUCAUCUUAUUCUUCUUGUUGCUAAAUGACAUAAACAUAACUAGUUUUUCUUUCCUUGUAGUUAGUUCUCUAUAUUCUAUAUAUAUUUGUUUUUAGGGUUUUGAUGUAGAUUCUACAUAGCUCUAUUGUUAUAGUUAAAUUAUGAAAUUGCAGUACUUUUGUUGCC